AUGUGCUUGUCUAAGAGAGACUCUGUGAAACAUAAUGGAGAUAAUAGAGAUUCUUUAUUAUAUUUUAUAUGGAAGACUGUUCAAGAAGAUAAAAUUGUAAGAGAUGAGAAAAAGACUUUUAAAAUAACAAAAAAAGUACCGAUAUCGAGUUCAGUAAAAGAGUUGAAAAUUACUUUGUUUGAAGUUAUUCGGGCUAUGAAAAAACACUUAUACGGCAUUUAUAGUUACAACAAAUUGAAAAAAGAGCUAAAAGACAAUUUACGUGAAAGUGAAAUAAUGAUACAAAUAGAUUUUUCAGAAAACUAUACUAUGAAGUACACAAAUGAAAUACAGUCAACACAUUUUGCAAAGAAACCAUUAUCUAUUCAUACAAGAGUAUAUUAUUCCCGAAACGGUAACGGUGAUUUAAAAUUAAAAUCUUUUGCUACCGUAAGUGAAAAUUUAGAUCACCAAGCACAUGCAGUAUGGGCUCAUAUGAAACCAAUAUUAAUAACAAUUUUAGAAAACAAACAUAUUGACACACUUCAUAUUUACUCUGAUGGUCCAACCUCACAGUAUCGGAACCGUACAAAUGUAACUCUUUGGAUACAAACAUUGAUUAAUCAUUUUCAACAAGUAACCAAAUCUAGUUGGACUUUUAGCGAGUCUGGGCAUAGUAAGGGCCCUAUGGAUGGCAUUGGAGGAUACCUAAAAAUAACAGCUGACCGUCACGUCUUGUUGGGUAAUGACAUCAGAAAUGCAUCAGAAUUCGUUUAUUUGUUCAAAGAAUCUUCUAUUGAAGUAACUGUUAUCUCCGAAGAAGAUGUGAUAGAAGAAAGAAACAGAGUUCCAAAUCCUUUGGAUGCUAUCCUAGGAAUAAUGGACAUAACAAAAAUAUUUUGGCAAAAGGAAUUAGAGGUUUCAAUACAAUUAUAUAGAUACGAACAAUUUCACAAAGAGCUAAAACUAUCGAAGCUUUUAGCCUUUUUAAUAAAAUCAAUUAAUAAAAAAGUGUCUUCUGAUGAUACUUCUAAAAAACCGAAAAUCCGAUAUCAAAAAUCCGAAAAAAUUGAGUUUCAUAAAGAUCGAAAUCAAAAUACUCAUUUACAUUUUAAGACUGGUUUCACAUAUGACGGGCGUCUAUUAGAGACAAAUCUUCAUGGCAAAGGAGUAUUACAUUCUAAUACUGGAUUACUCUACAGGGGUAACUUUUUCAACAGUUUUCUCAAGGGAAAUGGUAUCAUAAAUUGGCCAAAUGGUAGUUGGUAUCAAGGUAAUUUUGAAUAUGGUAUGAGAAAUGGAUAUGGAACAUAUGUGCCAGCUAAAAAGGAGGAUCCACUUUAUUCUGGAAAUUGGAUUAAUGGGAAAAGACACGGCUUUGGACAAACAGAUAGAAAUAAUGAUUUCAAUACUGUUGAAAUGAAAUAUUAUGGUUACUGGUCAAAUAAUAAAAUGCAUGGUUGGGGCUCAGCUCAAUGGUCAAAUGGUACCCAAUAUGGUGGACAGUGGAAAAAUAGUAAACCUGAUGGUGAAGGCACUGCUGUAUGGUCUGAUAAUGAUGUAUGA